AUGUGUCGCGAGCCGCAGCAGCUCCGCGGUCCACGUGCGACCGAGCCGCGUUUGUUUAUGGCGGACCCGCCUUCGGGCGGAGCACUCGGCAGCCGCGGCCCUGGGAGGGGGGCGGGAGGGGGGAGGGACCGCGGCGGGGGCGGGGGCGGCGAAUCUCGCCUCCCGACCCCGCCGCGGCCCCGGAGUCACAAGCGCGCCUCCGCGUCGCAGCCUCCAGGGACUCUCCCAGGAGAGGCCCGCGCGCUCCCGGCCUCGAGGAAGUUGCGCGGCCGGCGUGGUAGGCGGGUUUCCCAAGAGGUGUGUGUCCAGGAAAACACUCUUCCCUCCACGGAGGAGAAAGAGGCGACGCCCACGGCAAAGAGCAGUCCGGCGUCGGGGUUCGGGACGCGCCAAAGCCGGACUUCAGAUCUGAGCGGCCGCGGGCCCAAGCCGGCGUGGAGACGUCACCGCAACUGGCCAGGUAGGGAGGCGGUGGCAGGACCCCUCCUCUCCAACUGUCCCUACCCUGCACCGAAACACGGCUUUGGGAGCUGCGGGCCACACCCGGAGACACCGGCGGCCGGAGAGGGCCAAGAGUCAGGCUUCUCCGACGCUACAGGUCUUCUUAAUUCUGCGGAAAGGACUUGGGACUCCUACUCACCGCGGUGGGUGCGGACUCAGGAAGAGUUAGUUGUAGACAGUUUGCGGCGGCGUCCCGCUUCUUUCGCGCGCAAAGUCUCCGGGCGGCCCCGCGUGGUUAGAAACGCGGCGUGCGCAGGUUGGCGGAAGGGGGCGCAAGGCGCACGGCCGCCGGAGGGGCUCGAUCAGCGAGAAGAGUUGAAGGCUCAGCGAGCGCUGGCGGAUCAGAGCGCACGGGGUGGUGGUGGGAGUCAGUACACUCAGGGAUUGGGGGGGGGGGGUGCGGUGCGCACGGAGGGUGCGCACUGUACGCGGAGCGGGAGGUGCAAGAGCGCGCGGGGGCGCAGUGUACAAGCGGGUGGGCCUCGGUUCGCCCGGGGGCGGGGGGCGCGCGGCGCGCUGGGGCGCGUGCGGUUGUGUUGCUGGGAGGUGUGCGUGACGCUCCCGUGCCUGCUUGAGGCAGUCAAGACAUCAUCCCCGCCCUGGCACCGGCAGCGGGUGCACACCUCCACCCUACCCACUCGGGUUGCUCGGCCUCCGCUCUGUCCCUCCCUCCUCCCAGAUUCUUUCCACGCGAGAAGUGAGGACCAGAGGGAGAUGGGGCGCACGCGAGGCCUGCGGGAGAGGACAGACCCGGAGCCGUUGGGUGAGGGAUGUCUGGUGGGAAUUAAAGGCUGGUGCUUUCAUCUGGGCCUCUCCAAAGCCCCGCAGACCGCUCCCAGCUCCCGCGCAUUUAGUCCGGCUCCGGAGUCAAAUUCUCUUGUCGGCGGCACAGCCUUGUUGGUGGGAGGCCCCCCCCCUCCCCGUGAUCCGGGACUGGUGACCUCCACUGUCGCUUGCCCUCGUUUAACUGCCCCAAGACAGAAUUCCUUUUAGAUGCUAGCGAAGAAUCUUCUGGAGGAGAAGGCACGCAUUAAAACACGUUUUCAUAUAAAACUAAUGACUAAAAAUUAGCAAUUUUUCUCAAUCCAAGAAUAUUUUCCCUGGCAAAAGCAUCGGUUAGCUGAUAAACUAGUUACAAGGUAGAUUCAAGUUGUGUGGCUGAUGAAUAUUUUUAACCGCCAACUCCAGCACCGGCUUCGUUUUUUAGAGGGCAGAAACAAGCUAAUCCUGGUUAUUGCGCUAAUGCUCUUUUCGCCAGGCGGAUGUGGACAAAGACAUGAUUUAAUCUUACUAUGGAAUACUCUGUGCCUCUCUCUCUCUCUUUCUCUCUCUCUCUCUCACACACACACACACACAUGCACACACACACACACACACAGAAGAUUUUGAACCAGGCGGGUGAGCCCUUGGGCACCUUCCGUGCUGGCCGUGCAGAUUUGCACAUUCAGGGGUCACUUCUCCUGGUUUCCUUCAUUAUGGGAGGGGUGGUCAGGGCGCCUGUGUGACUCAGUGGAAUUGUGCAGGUGCUACUCUGCUCCCAAGGUCAAGGCCAAUUAAACCGGUUAAUCACGGUGGUGUGAGAGACCUAGUUUCAACUUUGCUUUAAUUUUAUCUAUUUUUUUUUUUUUUAAUGUAAGCUCUUUGCCCAAGGUGGGGCUUGAACUCAGGACACCAAGAUCAAAAGUUCGGUGCUCUACCAACUCAGCCAGGCGGGUGUC